AUGGCCCUUGUUAUGGAACCUAUUAGCAAGUGGACGCCGAAGCAAGUAGUGGACUGGAUGAAAGGUCUUGACGACUGCCUGCAGCAAUACAUUAAAAACUUUGAGAGAGAGAAAAUCAGUGGGGAACAGCUGUUGCACAUCACUCAUCAAGAGUUGGAAGAAUUGGGAGUCACUCGGAUUGGGCAUCAAGAGCUGAUCCUAGAAGCAGUUGAUCUUCUCUGUGCAUUGAACUACGGUUUGGAGACUGAAAAUCUGAGAACGCUUUCCCACAAACUGAAUGCAUCUGCCAAAAAUCUUCAAAACUUCAUCACAGGUAGAAGAAGGAGCGGUCAUUAUGAUGGACGGGCUUCCCGAAGGCUGCCAAAUGAUUUCCUUACCUCCGUCGUUGACUUGAUUGGUGCUGCCAAAAAUUUGCUUGCCUGGUUAGACAGAUCCCCAUUUGUCAGUGUGACAGAAUACUCGCUGCUGAAAAAUAAUAUUGUUCAGCUCUGCUUAGAACUCACCACCAUUGUUCAACAGGAUUGCACAGUGUAUGAAACAGAAAAUAAAAUUCUUCAUGUGUGUAAAACGCUGUCUGGUAUCUGUGAUCAUAUCAUCUCUCUUUCAUCAGAUUCUCUGGUGUCUCAGUCAGCUCAUCUUGAAGUUGUUCAUCUUACAAGCAUCAUGCCCAGUGAAGGUUUGGGAAUGUAUAUUAAGUCAACCUAUGAUGGACUACAUGUGAUCACUGGAACAACAGAAAACUCUCCAGCAGACCAAUGUAAGAAGAUCCACGCAGGGGAUGAGGUGAUCCAGGUCAACCAUCAAACGGUGGUUGGCUGGCAGUUAAAGAAUCUGGUCAACGCGUUGCGUGAAGACCCAAACGGCGUGAUCUUAACGUUGAAGAAGCGGCCUCAGAAUACGCUUGUUUCUGCUCCAGCACUUCUCAAGAACGUCAGGUGGAAACCCCUUGCUCUUCAGCCUGUGAUUCCAACCAGCCCAACGAGCAGUUUCACCACGCCAACCAGCACGAUGGGUAUGAACUCCAAAAUGGACAACUCGACCUUGCAAGAUGUAUUUAUCUUCUCCCCCGUGUCAGGACUUUAUGGCCCCAGGGAUGACAUUGGCCUUGUGUCAUGUGAUGAAAUCAGCAAAUACGGGAUUGGGAAGUCUGCCAUGAAAGGUUCUGAAUCUCCAAGCUACUUCUUGGAACAAGAAAGUGGAAAGUAUUACACGUUAAUUGAAGGCGAGGAUCAUCCCAUGAGUUCUGAAUACGAAAGAGGUAGAGUGACAGGGGUGCGGAGAAGAGAAAAGACACCCACGCAUGGUGAUCUGAGGCCGGUUUCUAUGCCAACAGAAUACAGCUGGAUAGGAGAUUCGAAAGAGCCAAACAUGUACAAGAGAGGUAGUCGUGAUUCUGAGAACUCGCUCCUACGAUACCUGAGUGAUGACAAGAUCUUAGUGAUCCAAGAAGAACCAUUGACCCAAAAAGAUAACAAGCGCGAUACAGGUCGGCGGUCCAGGAAGAAGGGCAAGAACAGCGGAAGUCCUAAUUAUCCUGUUAGCUCCUCCGUGAUGACCUCGUCUACUAAUGUACGGCUUGAACCCGGGCAGCAGGAUGUCCUAAAUUUCUCCUUAGCUGAAAGCAACACCGUUCCCCUCUAUCACAGAACAGCAGACACUGCCGGAGAUUCUGAAAGGUAUGCCAGCUCUGCUGCCGAGCGCCAAGGAGGUACAGCUAUGAGAAAGUCAUUUCACUACGCUUCCUUGAGGGUAAAGAGCAAAAAAUGGCCCAAAGGCGGUUCUCUGAACAACAGCAGCCGACGGCGGAUUUCCUGUAAAGACUUGGGCCAUGGUGACUGCGAGGGUUGGUUGUGGAAGAAGAAAGAUGCCAAAGGUUACUUCACCCAGAAAUGGAAAAAAUACUGGUUUGUCCUGAAGGAUUCUUCCCUCUACUGGUAUACUAACCAAAACGAUGAAAAAGCAGAAGGAUUCAUCAGUCUACCAGAGUUCAGAAUAGACAGAGCAAUUGAAUGCAGAAGGAAACAUGCUUUCAAAGCUUGCCACCCCAAAAUCAAGAGUUUCUACUUUGCAACUGAUUGCCUGGAAGAAAUGAACCGAUGGAUGAACCGUCUAGGUCUGGCUGCCAUUGGUUACACACCUGAUGACAAGGAUAUUCGGGCAGAUGAAGCAGAUUAUUGGAGUGAAAGUGACCAAGAAGAUGUUGACAACUCCUUAAUGCUGAAGCAAGAAGGACCCAUUGUGCUUUGUGACUCCUACCACCGGACCCCCUCGAUGAAUUCUUCGAGCCCAUUCCCUGAGCCCAAACAUGGCCGUCACUUCUCCAGUGAAUCAACCUACUCCCAUUCGUCUGCAGAAGAAUCCAGACAGGACCCAGCAGGGAACACUCACUCUGCAGGAGGUUCUAGACCUCCCUACAGAGAACGACGUUCAUGGCAGGAUCUUAUAGAGACUCCGUUGACCAGUUCGGGACUCCAUUUUCUCCAGACUGUUCCUACUGAUUCAGACUACGUGAACGAGAGAUUUGGGGUUUCCCCGGAGAGGCGGCGACAAGCCACCUUACCCGUCCAGAGACGCCACAACCACGAUCAGGAUGGCCCUUUCCCAUUGGUCGAGUGCUACAAAGGUCAGAGUUCUCACUCCAGGCCCCAGAAGCAAAGAAGUCAAAGCCUUCCACGAAACCGCGAUGUCCGGAUCAAAGGGCGAGUAAAAACGAGUGGGAUCUCUGAAGAGCGGUCCGAAGAGGAAUUGGCCAUCAAAAAGCCGAGUAAUUUGGGUGAAGAUGAAAAAGUAGAAGAACGAAGGAAGAGCACCGAUGGUCUUCAUGAACUCUACAAGACUUUGGAACAAGCCAGUUUGUCAGCCUUUGGAGAGCAACGUCCUUCCACCAAGCAGGAAUUCCGGAGGUCCUUCGUAAAGAGAUGCAAUGACCCUGUCAUCAAUGAAAAGUUGCAUCGCAUCAGAGUACUCAAAAGUACUUUAAAAGCCAAGGAAGGAGAUCUGGCCAUGAUCAACAACUUGCUCCACGAACCUAACUUGACGUCCAAGAAAUUCAAAGAAUGGAAAACAAAGAACUAUGAGUUUUUUCUGGACAUUUGUGAGUACAGCGGUGCUUUGAAAGCCCAGAACGGAGCUUCUGAACUCACCAUUACGGCCUCUCUGCUCUCACACACACAUUCCUUCAUCGAAACCCACGUCUGACUACGCGAGGGAUUGUCGUAGGAGG